AUGCUUGACAUGUCUCGUCGUAAUAGUGGUUCAACCAGCCCACAAGAUGAGGGUUUAGGUGAUGUUAUUCGUGCUUUGAAUAACGCACCUCCUCCUCCUCCUCCUCCUCCUCCUCCUCCUCCUAAUCAAAGGACUUUGUUAGUGAGAAGGUUUAUUGAGCAAAAGCCUGAUUCCUUUAAGGGUAGUUCUGAUCCACUAGUUGCUGAAGAUUGGAUAGAUAGGAUUGAGAAAAUAUUCACCCUCUUAGACAUGAAUGACGAGGAUAAGCUGAAUCUUGCAGUUUAUAAGCUUGAGGGUGAAGCCACUCAUUGGUGGGAUAUGACUCGUCGUUCUAGGAAUGACAGUCUAUCUACCUGGGUGGAAUUUCGACUCGCUUUCCUGAAUAAGUACUUUCCACAAACUGCUCAAAACCAACGCAUGAUCGAGUUUAUGUUGUUGACCCAGAGAAAUAUGACAGUAGCGCAGUAUCGAUCCAAGUUUGAAGAGCUUUCUCAUUUUGCUCCCCACCUGGUUGAGAUUGAAGAGCUGAAGGCUUUUAAGUUUCAGGAAGGACUUAAGCCUUUAAUUAAGAGUAGGUUGUCUGUUUUGAAGAUUACAUCUUAUACUGAGAUAGUGGAAAGAGCGAUGAUUGCGGAGAGAGAUCUCAAGGAAGCUGCAAGAAUUCGUGAGCGCCAUGCUGGCGAUAGGAAUGGGAACGGUUAG